CAGAGUGUGGUAAUCCUCUUCCCGUGCGCCAUGGCCCCGCUGGCCAUUGCUGAGCUGUCACUGUGUGGGCUCAUCGCUCGGCUGAAGGAGGUCGAACAUGUCAAAGGCAUAAAGAGCCCCAGCGACGAGCAGGCUGCAAUCCUCUCGACAGAGACAGAUGUCAAGAAAGCUUUGUUUGAGCAGCUGCAGGCUGUAAAGACAGAUGGCGUGGCAUCCUUCGAGAAGAAGAUAGCCAAAGA